GUAUAUAUAUAUUUGUAUGUAUGAUGCAUAAUGUAUGCAGAAAAUAUCGUUAAUUUUCAACCAUCAAUCUACUAUUUUCAAAAAAUGUUAAUAUCCAGCGUAGGUAUACCUUAUUCAGUCUACAGAGAUCAAGUAGUAUUUCAAUGGUGCCUGAGAUGGCAGGAAAUGUAUUUUCUCAAAGAUGGCGUUAUUAAAGUUGAAUUUAGUGUAUAAGGAUUAGUGUUGGUUGCACUGGUGAAGCUGUUUGUAUACUAUUCGAUACUAUUCCAUGUAUUACAGAAAGAAUUAGAAAUAAGAGCGAUUCAACAAUAAGGUAACAACGUUUGUUUUGUUAAUUUUUAAGUGAGCCUGAAUUUGAUUUAACUUAAAAUGGAUCGAGAACUUGUUGAAAAAUUUAUGGAAAUAACUGGAAAAAGUGAAGCUACAGCAUGCCAAUAUUUAUCACUAGCAGAUGGAAAUGUAGAAAUGGCUGUUACUUUGAUGUUCGAAGAAGGACAGGUGCCUCAAGUUCAAGUAACAGAUUCUGAACCAGAAGUACGACCACCUAUAUUACCUACUCAAGAAAUACUGGUUGAUUCUGAACCAAUGUUUUCACUUCCAAGGCUGCCAAAUGCUUUUGACAGAUUUAGAGAUUUUGCUCUUGAAACUCAACGGCAAGAAGAAGAAAUGACUUUAAGAGUUGCCGGUGUGAAAGAGAGCUCCCAACCUAAAUCGAAACGUUUAGAAGAUUUAUUUAGACCUCCGAGUAAUAUAUUAUUUCUUGGUACAUUUGUGGAUGCAAGAGAACACGCGAAAUCUUUAAAUCGUUGGUUACUUGUUAAUGUUCAGGAUUCUCAGGAGUUUGUUUGUCAAGUUCUUAAUAGAGAUGUGUGGUCCAAUGAGCAAAUUCAAGAAAUUGUAAAAGAUCAUUUUGUUUUGUGGCAGGUAUUAUCAAAUACUAAAGAUGGAAAGAAUUACAUAGAUUUUUAUAAAGUAAUAAAUUAUCCGUAUCUAGCAGUCAUAGAUCCUAGAACAGGGGAAUGUAUAAGAAAAUAUAAUCACAUUACUAUAGACAGUUUGAUAUCUGAUUUAAAUGACAUUUUAAGCCUUCACGCAUCUCCAGAAGGUGCUUCUAAUGACAUAACCAAUCAUAAGUCUGAUAACUUUUCUAAAUUACUUAUGAAAGAUCAAUUAUCAGAAACAUCAAAAAAUAAUUAUGCGUCAUGCAGUAAAAGUACAAGAAAUGUAACAUCCGAUAGAGAUUCUGACAAUACAUGUAAACAGCUGGAUAGUCAAAAUAAUAGCAAUUCAAAUAUUUCGAGCAAUAGUCCGUGUAUUUUGAAAAAAAGAAGACGACUCGACAAUACAAAUCAGAAAAUUGAAUCUCCUGAAAGGGUAAAACAGGAGGAAGAAAGAGUAGACAAAAUACAAGAUAGUAAAACCGAUAUAAAUACAGAUAAUGAUAAGCCGCUCUUACGAUUAUGUUUACGAUUACCUACUGGUGACAAGGAAACAAUAUCCAUGUGUGCUACUAAUACUAUUGAAGAUUUUUUGAAAAGAAUGAAAGACAUGGGUUAUCCACUAGCCGACUAUACGUACUUAGUCCCGUUUCCAAAAACAAAUAUUGGUAUACUUGCAGUAAAUAUUCGACUGAUAGACACGAUUUUAUUUCCGUCAAAUACAGUCUUCAUAACAAAAACGUGAAUAUGUGUGUGCAUGAUACCUUUAUCCUAAGUUAUUUAGUUAUAAAGGAUGAAGUAUACCUAAGAAAAGUUAUCCAGAUAUCUAGCACCGUGAAAGAUAUUCGAUAUAUAAUAUUUUUAUUGAGUACCUUACUUCAUAUAUUUAAAAAAUUACCACGUGUAUAUGUUUAUAUUGUACUUGUUGCUCAAAUAUGUUAAUAUCUUCUUUUUAUAUUACAAACGAAGUUUGAAUACAAGCACAGUAAUUAUAACAGUAAAUUGUAGUUUUUACAAUACUUGUAUACAGCACUUUUUUAUGAUUUUUAUAGGAAUAUUAAAUGAAACAAAAAAAAAGAGAUUUUAAAUAAAUGUGUAUAAUAUUGUAACUUCUAGUUCAACAAUGAUAUAAUGGUAGAACAAAACAAUAAAUAAUAAGUUGAAAAAUUUUCAUAUAUUACAGAACAUAGCUUAUUAUGUAUAAAAACAUUUACUUUAUUCAAUGAAUAUUUCAAUCUUGUAUUGAUCAAUAUUGAAAUGGUUUUUCAGUAACUCAAUUCUGUAUACAAAAGAGUUUAGUUAAGUUGAGAAAAUAUCUCUCUAUUUGGUAUCUUCAGUUUUAAAGAUGAAUUUUGUAAACUCUAUUCUAUAUUAUUAUACAUAGAAUAUUAUUGUAGAUAGUCAUUCUAAAAAAAAAAAUAAAUAAAUAAAUAAAAAUAA